UGGCUUUAAAUGUUAAUGAACUUUUAUUCAUUUCUUCUGAAAUGUAUACAAGGAGGUCAUUAUGCUUUUUAUUAUUAUUUUUUGCAUGUACAAUAACUUCGACAUUGUGUAGAUGAUGAAUAUAUACGGUAGAUCAUUAUAUAGCACGGGGACUAUUCGCAUUGUUUUAAAAUUCAACUCUAUUCUGAAAUUAAAAGACUUCCUCACUGGCAGAUACCGCUGAUCACAAAAUGAGUCGUAUUUGUUUCUGCCUCAUGGUUAACUGUUUAUUUUAAGAAUCUUCCGCUCUUAUUUAAAUUGCUUAUAUUCAAAUAUGGCAUAACAACAAAACAUGCAACAGCCAAUGAAGUUUAAGCGCAGUUUCUACUGCUUUUUCUCCUUUUAUGGCGCUGCGCGCUGCACGUCGUUUGAUUGAAAACAGAGCCCGCGGAUAAUUUGUCAUAUGAACGAGAAGAUAAGAGAGCAAUGUGAGUAUUCAAUUCAAUUUAGUUCUGUUCCUCACGGAGAGCUGUUUUAUGACUUUAGAAGACGUGCAUUUACAGAGCAGCAAGCGCAGGGACGAUUUUCUUCUGGAGCUUGACAGCAGUGCUUUGACUAAACGGUCACGCUGCUGGGGUCAUUUUUUUCAAUUCACAGCGACAGAAUACAGAUGAAGGUUCAGGGUCUCUGUAUAAUUUGAUUGUGAAGAAACCCACAGUGAGACACAUGAGACUGAAGAUGUAAGCAAAACAUUGAGCAGAAGACAAAGACUAAGUUGCACAUUCAAUAAUUCAUCCUGCAUCUACUGGUUUUUAGUGCGCUAAAGAUGAACCAACAUGAACUGCUUUCGUGCCUGUGGUUUUCUUUUGCUCUUGCAUUUAAAUUAUUCGGGUCAAACCAAGAAGACCUUCAGCCGCCCGCAGAUGUGAUAAGAACAGAAAACUGGUUUCCACAGACACACAUUUUCCACUCCAUAAAAAGAUUCUGUGAAUUUUUGUAAUAUGAAAAAUUAAAGGUAACACUUUAUUUCGAUAGUCCACUUUAGACAUUCUACUAACAGUAAGUAACUUUGCAACUACAUGUCAACUAGCAGUCAUUAUGAGUAUUAGUAGACUCUGUUUAAUAUCUUCUAACACUUUAUUUUGAUGGGUCCACAACAUACUGAGUAUUAGAAACUUUGCAAGUAUAUGUCAACUUAUUCUACUAACUCUAAACCUGCCCUACUGAGAGUUAGUAGACAUGUAGUUGACAUGUAGUUACAAAGUUACUUAUAGUUAGUAGAAUGUCUAAAGUGGCCUAUCGAAAUAAAGUGUAACCAAAUUAAAAGGUUUUUGUAAUGUCUCAGUUCUUCUUUCAAAAUGUUUUAUUAAGGUCAAAUGAAAUACUUCAUAAAGGUCAGGAGGCUUAUGUUUAGUUGUUACAACAUGACAGGUGUUGGAAACUCAGAAGCGAAGACCAGGAGACUCUCUGGUAUCUCCAGCAGGCUUCUUUAUUGAGAACGUGCUGUGUGGUGCUGCAGUCAUCAAAAGUCUAACUAAGGCAGCCAUUAUCCAUACUGACCUUACACCCAGGGUUAAACAGAAGUGAGAAAACAUACCCCAAAACAGGCAAACAGACCUAAUUUACAUCAAAUGGUCCAAAGCCUUGUGAGCACCAGCUUGCCUAGACCUUGUAGAUAACAUUAUCUCCAGAUGUUUUAAGCAGCACCUGGUCAUGAGAACUAGAGACAUGUAAACAUUCACACAUAGUUUGAAUCUCAGUAGGAAGAUCAGAGACUGCAGAACCCCCUCACUGGAAACUUAUACCUUAAACUUCCUGUAGCUUUUGGACCAUUGUUUUACAUUGAAACUCAACUCUGUAUGAUUAAAACACCUAAUAAAACCACCUCAGUAACAGUGGGACUAAUAAUGCAUUGUAUUUGUAACCCUGUGUAUCUCAUCACACGUGGUCAAUUUUUAUUUUAGAAAAUAAAUAUUCAAAUAUGGCAUGCAAAAUCUGUCCGAUGAGGUUUAGUUUCAACUCCUCCUUUUUCUCUAUAUGUAGGUCCUUUUGAAUGUGAAAGUUGUGGGUGUAUCAAAUUUUAACAGAGCUGAGAGGAGAUGUUCUGUGAGUAGUCAAUUCAGUUUAGACCUGUUUUUACACAGACCUCUUUUAUGUCUUCUGAAGUUUUGCCGUCACAGAGCACAAGCAUAUGGUUCUUUCUGGAGUUUAACAGCAGUGGUGUAACUAAUGGUCGCACUGCGUGGUUCACAAAUCCCUCAAAAUACAUUUACAAACUCAAGCAACGCUGCUAAAUAACUCGGUGUCAGACACUGUAUCCUCCAGUAGGUGGCGCUCUUUCAGUGUGAUUAAUGUGAUAUUCAGUCAGUGGUGAUGGUGGGAGGAGCCAGUAAAGCUGCUCGUUACUGAUAAAGAGCUGAAUAAAGAGGAAGUAACUAAAGCAGACAGAUGUAGAGACAGAGAGAUUCACAGAGAUCAUUCAGCAUAAAGAAGACUGAACUCGUCACAAUGAAGAUCCUCCUCAUCUUCUUCACUUUCUACCUGAUCUCAGAUGCAGUGAGAUGCUUUAGCGUCACUGGAUAUUCUGGAGGAAGCGUGCUUGUUGAUUCUGGGAAACUUUGGUUCAGUACAAAUGUUAAAUGCUUUAAUAAAUUACCUGGGUGGAGAAAUAUAAUGAAUAAUACGAAACAUGAUAAAUGGAUCAGUGUUGGAAAAUUUACGUUGUUUCAAAACAAUGAGGGAAACCUCACGAUCUUCAUCAGAGAUUUGAAUGAACAUGAUGCUGGAGGAUACUGGAUUGGUGUUCUUUACAAGUGGGGUUUAGAUUUGACUUUACAUGUGGAAGACGAUUCAUGUUGUAAAGUGUCAAAGAAAGUGAUGGUGAAUGUUGGAGAAACUGCCACCUUCAGCUGUGAAUAUUCACAGAAUCAUAUUAAUGAUUUAAAGAUCAUAUUCAAAGAAGGAAAAGACUCAAUUGAGAUGAUUUACAGCAGAUGGAAGAAGAAAGAAAGAUUCAGUAUUUCUGAUGACAAACAUAACAACAUCUUCAGUGUGAGGAUUACUGCUGUGACACCAGAUGAUGGAGGAGUUUAUUUGUGUGGAGUUUGGAUCAACAGACACUCGUACAGUUACUCCAUUAUUAAUAAUGUUCAUCUGCAUAUUAGUAUACCUCCAGUAGUGAGACGUGAAGGAGAAUCUGCUGAGAUCAUCUGUCCUUAUGAUUCAAUCUAUAAAUCAAACACAAAGUCUCUCUGUAAGGGGAAGUGCUCCACUAGAGACAGAAAUCCUCUCAGUGAGACUGUGAGAGAAGAGAAAGAGACCAAGACUGACAGACUGACUCUGAAAGAUAACGUCACUGCAAGUGUCUUCACUGGGACCAUCACUGGACUGACAGCAGAGGAUGCUGGGAAAUACUGGUGUGCAGUGACAUUAGAAACAGACCUCAAUUAUCUUUACACUCAUCUGAUGGUCAUCAUGAACGAGGAGCUGAACUUGACUAAGUAUGAAGGAGACGACGUGUCAAUCCAGUGCAAACAUCAUGAUGAAGAUCAGAAAAGCUUCUGUAAAGCAUAUGAAGCCUCCAUGUGUGUGAAGGAUGGAGUUUCAUUGGAGAUGAUCAGAGAUGAUCGAUUCUCUUUCAGUGAUGAAGCAUCUACUGGAGUCUUUACUGUGAACAUCACUGAUCUGAGAGAAGAGGAUUCUGGGAUAUACUGGUGUGGAGCUCACGUCAUGUCUAAAGUGCAUUUAAAUGUGAAAAAAGAUUUCUCCAUGAUCAUCAUUAUUAGUGUGUGUGUGAUUCUGCUGCUGAUCGGUGGAUUCACUCUGACUGUGUGGAAAUUAAGACACGAGCGGCAAAGUGACGCUUACACACAGCCCAGUUCAGUCUACUGCACAGUUACCCACAAUCCCCUCUGAUGGGCUCCUGUACGCUGCUGUCAGUUUCCAGAAGCAUGAAGAGUCUCUCAGUGAUGCUACAGUCAGAUUCAGUAAGAAUGAGAUUCACUCUGAUUACACCACAGUCACCGUCUGAGACUCUACUCCUUACAGAGAUCACAAAUCAUACAUCGCACCAGUUGUGAUGAAUGGGGCCGAGAGCCGUGGGAGCGGAGUGAGUCCACUGGAGCAAAUGAUAUUGAGCGACAUCUGCAUCUCGAGUCCCACGGAGGAGCUCCGGAUACAUAAAAGAAGGAGUGACGAUAGAGAAGGAUGAGGGAGGACCAGGCCUCGGACAUCUUAGUUUGUUGUGGGUCAUUAUUGUUAUGCGGCAGUCUUUUGUAAAGGGCUCUUACUUUUGAUUUCUUGUUUAUUUUAGAAUUAAAAUUUAAGUAAAUUUUUUGCCGGUCCCCGCCUCCUUCCCUUAACUACAAACUGUGUAAAACCAAUAUUUUAAAAGUAGAUUUUUUUUUGUUGUCGUCAGAGGUGUAGUAAUAGGGCAGGCAAGGCAGGCAUUGGUGUAACAGAAACAGUGGUGUUAGACAUGAGGCGCUUGAUGACAACUAUUGACACAAUUGACUUGAGUUUGAAUUCGCCUUCUACCGAACUCGUUCUUCUCCAUUUUCCCAUCACAUGUCAGGUCAGAAAGGUGUUUAUUUUCAAUAAAAAUGAAAGAAACCCAUAUGGAAAAGUUCUGUUAAAAACACUUGUGAUUCUUAUAUGUUCCAACAGAAUAUCGUAAGGGACAUAUAUGCUUCAAAAACCACAUAUACAAAAUGCAUAAUAUUAAUGUAUUUUCAAUCAUACAUGUUAUAUACGUCUUGCAUAUGACUAAAGCCUUAUAGAUUUUCAUGAUGUAAAAACAUAGGGAAAGAAUGCUAAUUUAAUGUGAAUGUCCACCACAUCUCUUGAGAUGUGUAUAAAACAUCGUGCAGUUUACCCAGUUUCCCUUCUUUGAACUGUUGCUGUCUGGUCGACAAAAUUGUCUAUUGUAAUAUUUAAUUGUUCUAUUUUUAUUCUUUUAUUAUCUGUGUUUUGUCUUGUCACUGUCAUUCUGUCGCACUGUGGAGCUUCUGUCACAAAAACAAAUUCCUUGUAUGUGUAAACAUACCUGGCAAUAAAGCUCAUUCUGAUAAGGCUGUACUUAAAUCAUGCCCUUGCUCUUAUCUUGUCCUAAGUGGAGCCCUAUGUCUAUAGUCAAUCAUAGUCAUAACCUGUAUACUGAUAUUCAGCCUUAGAUGAAACACAAAAUUUAAACUAAUAAAAAAAAGAAAAAUUGUAAUUAAAAUGUG